UAGCGACAUCUUUCUUUUUGAUACAUAUGUAUAAUAUACUUAAGUGGGAAUAUCAGACUGAAACAAACAAGACUGCCAAGCCUUUGAAAUCCCUUGAUUUAAGAUUGUUGCUUUAUCUUUAUGGCUUAUAUUCCACCACACAAGCGACACUCAAAGGAUUUGAACCGUCCAACUCCAACUCCAACUCGAGAGCUGCUUGCUCCACAAUUCAAGAGAGAUUUGAACUUGAGGGAUGUAGACAGUGUUGUGAAUAUUAUCAUUCCAAAAACAUGCGUAUACAGAUGGUUCAUUGUUGGUUUGGAUGAUGAUGACCAAUUUCCUUCAUUUAUCCACCUUGAGCGGAUUUCAGAACCCAUUGAGCGGACUCUAGGAGAAAAGUCCCUAGUUUUAGUGAACGAUCAUGCAGAUAAAGGUAAUGAUGAAGUGGGAGGGAAUAUAUCAAGACGACCUUGGGAAUUUGUUGCUAAAAAUGCAUGGCCAGAUAUAUUGACUUGUUUUAACAAUCUGAGGAACAGAAUGGAGUGUAAAGAGCUCGAGAAAGUAAAGCCAGUAUUGGUCGCUGGAUUUGGCAAAAUUCGUUUUCGUGGGUCCUAUUCUGUGAACAUAGAAAAGGUCAAAAAAUAUCCAGUCACUGAAACCACUUUGGAACCAUUGAUGAGAAGAUUUUAUACAAAUGUUCCUACGUCUUAUAAGGACAACAUUAUAAGUGGAGUUGUUCCAAAAAUAGGAUUUGAUUUUGAAACUGAUAAGGAUGUAUACGAGAUCAAGGUGACUGACAGCAUGCGACCACACUCAAUCGUUAUUUGCAAAUGUAGAGUAAAAGAAGAUAAAACGCUUGAGCUCUAUAAGGUUGAAACAAACCAUACUCGUCGAAUGGCCAUAUACACAUCAUGCGUGGAUAAGAAUUUAGACCUGAGGCUGACGCUAUGGACGAAGAGUAUUGGCACUGACUUAACUGGUGAAGAAAUUCAGAGCCUUAGAAAUCUGAUUAGUUCAGCUAUUUUAGAUCGAGGAGUGAAGGGUGGUUUGAGAUGGCCCCUAGGGAAGUCAAACUCGGGGGAUCAAUACCGUGUUAGUAAGGUUUGGCACAAAGAAGUUAAGUUGUAUGAAAGCUCAUCACUGAGGCUCAAGGUAAGACAUGCUGAUCGAUUUAGUUUUGAGUCUUCUAGAGGGGAGUCUUCAAUUAAGAUUUCUCUGCAGUUGAAGCGAUUAGCUUCAGACAUACUGGAACAGAAGGUGGAUACUGAUACUAUGUAUAACAUGUUUAAGGACACCUUAGGGUUGAUAUGGGAUCAUUUUUUGUGUUGUGAGCACUUCUUGACAUAAGCAACUCGUGCCAAGCUUUACCUAUUGUGAAAAAUGUUAAUACGUUAAUGUCAGUGAUGGGAAUAGCCUAUGUCCGUCUCCAAUGGUGGAACAUUUCUUGUAAAUAUUUGUUACAAAAUAUUUUUAAUGCUUCUUUCUUUCUUCCUUUUUAAUCCUUGUAAGAGCUGCUUAAUAUGGUACAAGUUUGGCGUUUCAACAAUGGUAUGCUUGGUAAUGUAAGUUUAGCUUAGGGUUUGUGAGCAAACAGAAAAACAGAGAAAAUGUGAUCGAAUUUCU